UGGGCAUUGUUCAUUUGGGUUUCUCUGCUUCUCAUAAGUAUCACACAUUGGGUUUAUAGUUGGAGGAACCCUAAAUGCAGAGGGAAACUUCCACCUGGUUCCAUGGGUUUCCCGUUACUCGGCGAGACUAUCCAAUUCUUCAAGCCAAACAAAACUUCAGACAUCCCUCCUUUUAUCAAAGAAAGAGUUAAGAAGUAUGGUCCAAUUUUCAAGACCAAUCUCGUGGGGAGACCAGUUAUUGUAUCAACAGAUGCUGAUUUGAGUUAUUUUGUGUUUAACCAAGAGGGUCGUUGUUUCCAGAGUUGGUAUCCAGACACUUUUACCCACAUCUUUGGGGAGAAGAAUGUGGGUUCACUACAUGGUUUCAUGUACAAGUACCUCAAAAACAUGGUUUUGACUCUCUUUGGUCAUGAUGGUCUCAAGAAGAUGCUUCCUCAAGUCGAAAUGACUGCUAAUAAGAGGUUGGAGCUUUGGUCAAAUCAAGAUUCAGUAGAACUCAAAGAUGCAACCGCAAGCAUGAUAUUUGAUCUGACCGCGAAGAAGUUGAUCAGCCAUGAUCCAGACAAGUCAUCAGAGAAUCUAAGGGCAAACUUUGUUGCUUUCAUUCAAGGAUUGAUCUCUUUCCCUUUUGACAUCCCAGGCACAGCUUAUCACAAAUGUCUACAGGGUAGGGAAAAGGCAAUGAAAAUGUUGAGGAAUAUGCUUCAAGAGAGGCGUAAGAAACCGCGGAAGAACCCAAGUGAUUUCUUUGAUUAUGUUAUUGAAGAGAUUCAGAAAGAAGGGACAAUUCUGACAGAAGAGAUUGCACUGGAUUUGAUGUUUGUCUUGCUAUUUGCUAGCUUUGAAACAACAUCUCUGGCUAUAACUUUAGCCAUCAAGUUUCUCUCUGAUGACCCUGCAGUCCUAAAGCGUUUAACGGAAGAACAUGAGACAAUUCUGAGAAACAGGGAAGAUGCUGACUCUGGACUUACAUGGGAAGAAUACAAGUCAAUGACUUACACAUUUCAGUUCAUAAACGAAACAGCGAGACUAGCAAAUAUAGUUCCUGCAAUCUUCAGAAAGGCGCUGAUAGAUAUAAAAUUCAAAGAUUAUACAAUUCCAGCCGGCUGGGCGGUGAUGGUCUGUCCACCAGCUGUACAUUUGAAUCCAGAAAUGUAUAAAGAUCCUUUAGUCUUUAAUCCAUCAAGAUGGGAGGGAUCAAAAGUUACAAACGCAUCAAAGCACUUCAUGGCGUUUGGUGGCGGUAUGAGGUUCUGUGUUGGAACCGACUUCACGAAAUUGCAGAUGGCUGCGUUUCUUCACAGCUUGGUAACAAAAUACAGGUGGGAGGAGAUUAAAGGAGGGAAUAUAGUUCGAACUCCAGGAUUACAGUUUCCAAAUGGUUACCAUGUCAAACUCCAUAAAAAGAGAGACUAGAGAAUGUUUUUUAAUUAGUAAAGAAUUGGUAGGAUGAUAAUACGUUAUACAUUUUCUGAGACUGUAAUAAUUAAUCUUGAACACCCUAAUAAGUGAAAAGGGGAAGAUUUGUCUUAGGUUAAAGGCUGAGAAUCAGCUAUAAAGGUGAAUACACAAU